UAUUAUCAUACUUACUCCGUCGUUUCGUUUUCCACCUCACUUCCUUGUAAAGUAUUUCUGAUUUCCUGAUUUCCCCACAAUAUCUCUAGAUAUUUUACUUUCCAUUGGAUACCCUCCACUGUUUGAUUUUCCUAAGGACUCUGAGAAUCGUAUCUCUGAUUUAUCAUAAUCGUGGUGUGUGUGCAAACUUGCAACAAUUAGUAUCACGUACAUUUACUGCGUGUGAUCUGAGCCUGAGCCUGUGCUGAUCAACCAAUCUAAACUUUAACCUUUCUGUGCCGCAAGUCGCCUCUCUUGCGUUGUCUGCAAUAUAUUUUCCUAUUUUACUCCAAAGUUUUUUGCAUCCUCUUUCGAAUAAUGGCCGAAGAAGCUGUUGUAUUCACCUUUGAAGAAAUCAAGCAACUUACUGACAACAAGAGGAACCUUCUUGUCAUCCACAAUGGUGUCUAUGAUGUGGCUGAAUUUUUGAAUGAGCAUCCUGGAGGUGAAGAAGUGCUCCUUGAGCAUGCUGGUAAAGAUGCCACUGAGAAUUUUGAAGAUGUUGGACAUUCAACUGACGCCCGUGAAAUGAUGGCGAAGUACAAAAUUGGAGAGCUAGCAGAGAGUGACAGGAAAGCUCUAGAGAAAGAAGAAAAAAGUAGAGUUGCUGACUCAUCUAGCAACAGCGACAACUCUAGCUCAUGGAAAUCUUGGGUCAUUCCUGUCGUUGUCGGUCUAAUAGGAACUUACAUCUUCAAAUCCUACUUCUAAGCUGUUAUGGUUUUCAUGCUUGUUAUCUUUUACAUCUUUAAUUUUUCUAUCAUACCUACAUUCUAUACAGAGUCCCCUCGUUAAGAGAUGAGUUAAAUAUAAUCUAUGUUUUUGAAUUUUAUCUGUUACAGUUCAUGGAAAUCUUGGAUCAUUCCAAUUAUUCUUGGUCUAGUUGGAACAUUCAUUUUAAAGUCUUAUUUACUGAAGCAGUAGCUUUGCACAUAUCUUUUUUAUGUACAAUUAAGUUCAUUAUUUACUCUUGUUAUCUUGUACUGUAAUUUGUUAGCUGUUUUUAUUAUUUAUUUUAUCUAUUUCUUUAAAAUAAAAUGGCUCAAAGGGCAAUGUCAAAGAGAGUUUCUUUUCUUUUUUUUCUUUUUUUUUCUCUUUUUUUAAGUUAUUUAUUCAUUCUUUCUCCAAAAAUAUUUUCAUAGCAGCUCUCAUGGUUUGUCUUGUAAAUCUGUAAGCAAUCAUAAUUUUAACCUACGUUAAAGUUGUCCUAUUCAGGCUUUAAACAUAACAUUUGAUGGUCAUUCUGAGAAUGUAUCUAAUUAUUGCUACCUCAUAAAUAUAUCUUGAAGAUAUCUUAAUUGUGCUGUUCACAUAUUUGCAUGCCCUCAGUGUAUGGAUCCAUCAAAGAUUUGGGUUUUCAAGUCUGAUCUUAUUCUGAAAGACCUCUUAUUUGCCUUCAUUCAAUUUAACUUAUGUUCAGUUCCAAAGAAGAUUUGCUCCACCAAGUAUUAAUGCGCAAAUAUAUAAUAAAGAAUUACUUAAAGUGCUGUUUCAAUCUAGUGAGGAGAACUACACCCAGGGUGCCUCAUGUAAUAAUAGCUUGCAAAAGACCAAGUGAAUUUUAUUUUACUUCCAAUGAUGUCUCUUUUUUUGGUGUUCGCAUUUCAUUAUGAUUAAAUUGCAUAUUCAUUUCUUUGACUCUUUCGUGUUUUAAGACUGAUUAGUAAACUUGGACUAGUGUCUACUACGAAAAGAUUCUGCAUUUUUAUGUAUUCUCCAUUUAUUGAAAUAAUUGCACUGCAUAAGGCAGAAGUGAGCUGCACAAAACUGAAUAGGAAUUUAUUAGGUACCUGUUCAAAACCCUCAAGUUUAGUAAAAAAGACAAAUAUCUCAAUCAAAUAUUUAUGAUACAAGUAUGAAAUUUUUGUCGUAAAAAAUUGUCCAUCUAUUCAUUGACCAAACUGAUCUUAAAUAUAAGUUGAUUAUGGAAAGCAAAGUUUAAAAAAUGGUAUAUUUCUUCUCGAAAACAUAGACUCUGAAAGUAAUAACAUUUUUUUCUUGUGUGUGUUGGGGAGGGUGUGUGUGUGUGGGUUCUGUCUUCUCUGUACACGUAAGCACUGAUGCCCUCUAGAAAGUUUAAUGCAUUUUUUCUCACUUAUCUGUUUUGUUUUGGAUGCAUUUCUAUUUUGACAUUAUUUGUUCAAACAUUUUAUCAACAAAAGUUUGCCAGUUCAAUUUCUGUUCUCUGGAAAGUAGACUUCUAAAAGAUGACAGUUGUUCACUAUACACCCUGCGUUGACGCUCAGCGUACUCUCUGUUAGCUAUCCGUUAUUACUAUUUUCACGAAACAUUUGACUUCCUGAAGACGAGAUGUAUUUGAUUUACCUUAGAAUAUCAGCAGAGUCUACCAGUUUCAUGUUUUGAGAAAAACUUAUUUUUACUCACUUGUGUGUAGAAUUUGAUAAGCGGACGCGUUUCGCCGUCUCUCUCUGGUAUCGUCAGCGCAACUGAUCAUGUAUUUUUGUUCAUGUUUCACGGUUCUAAAUACAUUUCAUAAAUGAUAGUUCCUUUGUUGAUUAAUUACCAAUGACCAUCAGAACAAUCAAAGAGAUAGGAGGAAUGCUUCCUACUGAGUUAAGAGCGCCAUACAAUCGCUGAUCCUUCUUAAUUCAACUUCUUUGACUGAACCUUUACCUAGAACUGUUUGCUAAGACUGGAAAAGCUAACAGAGCCUUCAUUGUCCAAGUAUUCAUACCAAGAUCCAGAAUUUCUUAGAGAAUGAUAUCCUUGAUUUGACAAGGCACAUUGGAACUCACCCUAUCGCUGCAGUUUGAAUAGAUUGGGAUGGUGCAAGGAAAGCCUUCAAACUACAUUUCUACUUCCUCACUUUGCACUUUUGUUAAACUACUUUUUUCAGCGACACCAUUUAUCAGUAUGAAUGUUUGUACUCCAUGGCAGAAAAAGUGGCGAAUGAGGGAGGAGUUAGUGACUGGCUCAGGAUAUUGUUUAAAGGUUGUAAUGCAGGCACAUCAGCUCAUUUAAACGACCCUGGUUUGCUGCAACAAAUCUGCCCUCAAACAAUGUACAGAACCACUUACCAGACUUGGCGCUCAACUGUCACUUUCCAUGGCAUGUUCUUUAGUGGGUUUUUAAACCUUUUAAAGUGUCACUGUUAAACUUGUCCUAACAAGCGGAGUGUUUCGAUGUUCCCAACUCCAAACUCCUCUCUGUGCCCUGCAUUAUUGCUAGUUUGAUUUCAAAAUCGCUGAUUGUCAACCCAUUUUAUGAUGGAAAAUUGUAUCCAUCCUACUAUCCUAUAUUAGUUAGUCUUAAUUUAAUCCCCAUGGAAAAUAUAUUAACGAUCAAGUUAUACUAUAUUUCAGUAAUUACAUUUUGUUUGAAGGAAUAUAAAAUCAAAAUGGAAAUUUUAACGCAUCUACUUUUUUUCUUUAAGUUUGGAUGGUUCUUCAGAAACUGUCCUAGUGAUUUUUUGUUCUUUGUUCUCAGUAAAAUAAGAAAUAACUGGUUUCCUUCACAGACUCUUAAUUUUAGUGUCAUGCAACCAUCACUUUUUGUUCUUACAGUGGGAAUGAUAUUGAACGGUACCCUGAAAGUUUUUUACACAGAUACCAACAUGAGUUAAGGUAGCUUCGUCUGCUUUGUUUGUUAGGGUUUGUUUCGGACGCUAAUCCAUUGCAUGAGAUUUCCUUCUUAGGAAAAAAAUGAAGUAAAGUUUUACCUUUUUAUGCAUGAAUCACCUAAUUUGAAGUAGAAAUACACGGUGAAUGAAAGAAUGUAAUUUUUAAUUUUACAGUUAUUGGUUAGCCAAAAUGGAUAGUUUCUGUAGGAUUACCUAUUCAUGUAAUGUACAAAUACACAUCUGAACAAACAUCUGAAAUUUUAACACUUUGGUCCUGCUCUAUGCUUUGGAGUUGAAUUUUUUGUGUGAUCCAAAGUGAAUUUAAAUUAGAGAAAAAAUCGUGUAUACUUAUGAUAUAUUUGGUUAGGGACUCGAAAAAGCAAUUUUAUUGGGUACUGGAUAUGGGAUUUUUUUUUACUUUUUUAUCAUCGGAUUCUACCGAACAAUUUUUGUCUUUAGAUUAAUUUUAUCCGUAGUCAUCAAAUCAUGAAGUAUUUUCACUUUUAUAUAGGGCGAAUUACUUUCAUAAGCAUGUGAACAAAAGUGUUUGAGAAGGAUUUUAGUCUGUUGAGAGGAACUUUUUUGUUAUUAAGUUAAACAUCAUGACUAAUAAACUUGAUUAUUGAUGA